AUGGCGAGUGGGUCAUCAGCGAAAAAAAACGAGGUGUUGUGCAGAGAUGAUCUAGGCUAUCAAAAAUGGCUCGCGGAGCGUUCGUGCAGCAAAUAUUCACACUUACUGAAGAAAGGUGAAAUAAUUCAUACUGAACACCCAGAAAAAGUGGAUUACAUGUUCGAGAAAAAAAUAAAGAUGUUACUUGUUGACUGUGAUCUUGCUAUUAUUUUGUUAACAGAGGAUGGAGAAGUGUAUCACUGGUACGACGUUACAUGGACUGACCUUAAUUUAGAAUAUUAUUCUCAAAUAGUUGAUUUAAGAUAUUCACGUAUUGUACAAAGUGCAGUUGGUGGCAACCAAACUUUUAUCGUUUUAACUGAUGAUCAAAAGGUGUUCUAUUUCCAAACCUAUUACUUUGAUAAUAUAAGCCGGAUGAAACAGAUGCAUUUUCAGAAAAAGGUCGAGUCUGUUUGUUGUGGUGACAGUUUCUUCAUAGUGCUUACUGAAGACAAUAAGAUAUACACCUGGGGAAGAAAUCAUCAUGGUCAAUUAGGUGUUUCUACGUGCAAGGACGAAUUCAUAAGCAAUCUACUUGAAAUUAAAAAGAUAGGCAUUCGCAUAACAAAAAUAGCCUGUGGCUAUACACAUGUACUCGCGUUAUCUACAGAAGGAAAUAUUUUCGUCUGGGGUGGAAACUCUUUUGGACAAUUGGGUUGUAAUUCUAGAAAUGACCUCCAUAAUCCUCAAAUGAUUACGAUAACGGUUAAACAAAUGAAAAUAUUGGAUAUUGCUGCCAUGAAAAAUGUGAGUUGUGCCAUAAGCGAAGAAAAACUUAUUUACGUGUGGGGCAACUGUUUCGAUCAACAAAUUCAGAUACCUUUUUCCUGUGAAUACACGACUCUAUUUGACAUAUGUAACGCGAUGUCUGCCAGACCGCCAACUACUGUGAAAGACUUUAGACAAACCGAGAAGCAUAUAUUACUGCAAGAUAUCGCAAAGGCGUUUAAUGAUCCUGAUUUGAGCGAUCUUGUGAUAAAAAUCGGACAGCAAUCUAUUUAUGUCAACAAAAAUAUCCUACAGUUUCGUACUUCACAUUUCAAAAAGAUAGACCAAUUUAUAAGCUCUGAAGAUGGUCAAGAUGUCAUCAGGCUUAAUGGAUUUUCCUAUGCCAUGUAUAAUAGCUAUUUCAAAUAUUUAUAUACUGGCAUAAUUGAUGUAUAUCUGGAAGAGAGAUUUAAUCUCCUGACAUUAGCUGAUUCAUUGAACGAUAAUAAGUUCAAAGAAAGUUGCUAUAGGGCGAUAAAGAAAGACAUAAUAGAUAAAACUGUAUUUUUUAUUUACAAUGUGGCGCAAAAGUAUAGCAACGAGACAGUAGAGAAGUUUUGUUUUGAGUAUUUCCAACAACAUAAAAGCCAUGUGAUGGAGACGUUGAAUUUUUUGGAAUUAAAUGAAGAUAUAAGAAAUAUUUUUAUGACUCUACCGAACAAAUCUGAAUGA